CCUGGCGGAAUUUAGUGACGGUGACUAUUUUUGUGUAGUUGUAUUUCAGGUUCAUUACUGGAACCUACCUGUUGAAUUAUGUAAAAGGUCAACAAGAAGCAUGUUUUUGUAUGGUCAUGGGAUUGUUCCGUAUAUAACAAACGUUAAAAUAACGUUUUCAAUGUUAUACAUCUUCGCCUGUUCAACAGCAUACCUGCAUAUACCUGGAGACAGUUUUAUAUUCGAGAGAGAUACUCCAUUAAUCUUAACGUGUAUAACCGCCAAAAACAAUUCCGACAUCGAUUUUAGAUUCGAUAACAACCUGCUUGGUACAUGUUACCACCUGUUUGGAUGCAACAACCUGGGCAACACAUUCACUAUUUCUGCAGUAACAUCGACUUAUCAUAGAGAGUAUUUCCUUAAGUCUGUGAAUAAUUUCGAUGCAACACUUUGCGGCACAUACCAGUGUACAGAUAUCGACACAAACAUUAAGGAAUCUGUUAACGUGUCGUAUAAAGAGUUUGAUAACAAUUCAUUUUCUGUCGAGGAAACAGUCGAUGCACUUUAUAUCUCAACUGCAUGUGUGUUCCCUGCUUCUUAUAUAGAUUUGGAGGUGUCAUGGUUCGUAUUCGAUAAUUCAUCGCUUACAGGUCUCAAUAUAACAGCCGUCGAUGAAUUUAUCACAGUUGUUAAAGCUACAUCAACAUGUCCAGACGUUACCUGCAAUAGUGUUUCAGCAAACAGUUUUACAUUUGGUUUAAAAUUUAAAAAUCAUUCGAGAAUUUUCUCUUCUUCUUUUGUGGAGAUCAAAAUAAUUCACACACUCUUUCAAGACAAACCACUCGUCUGGCGAUCUUCGAAAACAUAUCCAAUGGAAGAUUGCGUGUACAACAAGAACAUUUUAAGUCCUGCCGAGCACAGUGGAUUGUCUGUUGGAUCAGUGAUAGGAAUUGCAAGUGGAGUCGCGGGGGCCAUAUUACUAGUCGUUAUUGUGGUGGUUUUAGGUACAUAUAUUAAGGGCAUUCGACAGUGCAGAUGUAAAGAAAAUAAACACACCAUUAAUGAGCAUCCAGAAAAUGAUAGGUGUGAAGAACUUGCAUCUGGGAGUCGAAGAAACAAUGCGGCUGAUGAAGAAUUUGAAGGGGUUCCCACCGAAAACGAAAUUGUGCAAGAACAUACACGGUACGAGGACCUAAACAAUUUGACUCGCACACAAAAUGGCGAAUAUUCAGACUUAGAGUUCCACAUACAAUAUAAUUGCGAAGAGACGAGCUCGUCAUCUGACAAUAUCAAAUAUGAAAAUCUGACACUCGCCUCGAAAAAAUGAUGUAAUAAGGGACUUCUUCUGUCUACAAAUGCCGAAAAUUUCACAAAAGCAUAUCAAAUAUAUGAGCUAUAAAUAGAGACAUUAUAUUUCACAUGUUUAAGUCAGCAUUGGUUUUAUUGGUUAUGUCCGUGUAGAUACAAAAAACUUACUAGAUGGAUUCUUUUAUAUUGUUACACAGUGUUCUUGUGAAAUGGAAAUCUGAACUGUUAUUAAUCACAUGCUAAAUCUUAUUUCCUGUUUAUUAUAGUCAUCACGUAAUUUUCUGUAUUACACAUGAGCAAUACAACAUUGCUCUAUUGUUUUCCAUGAUAGUCUUUAAACGAAAACGUGAUAUUUUAUCUCGUGAAAUUGAGAAUAUUUUUGAAGACGUUAGAUAAUUACUGUAUUUUGUCGAACAUGACGUCACGAACGUAUAACAAAUUAUGACGUCAUCCAACCGGCUAUAACGUCACCAAUUAUGUUAAACAUAUAACACGGUUUCCAAAUUUGAGGCUAUGAAAUUUAUCCUACGAUUGAAUCUGUGCAGAAUGAUUUUCGCAGGAAGCAUAUUUGUGUAUACAAGACUUUUCUAACACAUGUAUGGUUCUUGGAGAUUGUGAAAGAUUGUCGUUGUGCAAACAUGUAUUUUAUUUUUCUUACUGUAUAAGAUAUGUUCGCAAAUUAUUGCGACUUUCUAUAAAUAAUAGGGCCCCUUAACAAUGUUACUUAAUACUUAAAUCUUUAAAUGAAGCUGGGCUUACUUGCUUGGCUACUGAUAUCAAGAAUAUGAUAUUUAUGUAUGGUUUUGAUUAUAGAUGUUGUCAACAUAAAUAAAAUUCUUUUUUUCUAUAAACAGAGAAUUAUUGAUUGUUUUAACCAAAAUUGGUAAGCUUCUAAUAUCAGUACGAGUCUGUGCUUUCAAUGUAGAGAAUUUUAAACUUUGUUGAAUGUAGAACGUUAUCUUUUGUUAGAGAAACCUUUCAAACAUGAGUUAGCAUUAAGCAAAAUUUUGAUGUUCGAAUCAUAAAUGUUAAUAAUUAAUACUGGCAGGCAUAAUCUUAUCAAAAAAACACAACGUGUUUGUGGUCUAUGUCUAGAUAAUAUAAAUUAUUCUUUUUAGAUUGUGCAUAUUAUGCUUUCUUUAUGUGUCGUUAAUAUAAUGAUUACACUUACUAAACUGGUAUUCUAAUAUAUAGUACGGAAUUAGAAGACUUUUACAGCACAUUUAGUAUGAAUACACAAGCUAGCCUAUUAUGUAUACAGUCACAUAUUGAAUAUAAAUAGUAAACUUAAUGGGAAGUAAUGUUUUAAUAAAUAUACAAUGUAUGUAUCGGCAAAUUACUAAAGUUUUAACUGGAUAUCGUAAACGUUUAUAUUCCACUUCUACACGGUUAUAUAGAAUGUAUCUUUGGUUCAAACUAUUCCGGGUACUAAUCGUCUGCAAUACAUGUAGCGCGGGAAAUAGCAUUACAUUGUGGUUUUCGGUCCAUGUCAGUGCUUGUUAGGUUUGCUUGAACGUUGGUAUUUAUAUAAACAGUGUUUUAAAAGAUAACACAUAUAUUGAAUUCUUUAUGUUGAUGUAAUAGAUAGUGCUGUUUGAUGGUAAUGGAAGUUCCCUUUAAGAUAGUUAUGUCUUCGGUGUUUAAUGAUAAUCUCCGGUACCGUUUGAAUGAAGUUUAGUGUUUACAUCCUGUAAUACCUAAACGUUAAAAAGAAAAAUGUUAUUUUCGUAGUAAUUAUUCUUGUUUAUAAUUUGUAAGCAGCUUGAAUGUAAAUUAGUUAUAACGUUAACAUUGUUUUAAGAAGUAUAUGCUAGUUAUGUGUUGUCACCCACAUAAUGAUUAUGAAAUUAUUUUUGAAACGGAACUAUACAUAUCCUUACACAAAAAAUGUCCAGUAACUCAUUUUAGGCCACAUUAUUAGCCAAAAGCGAUAAUAGUUUUCACUAAAGUAGUUUAGUUGUUUAUUAUAUAUUCAGGACUUUCUGUCAUUAAAUGAAUUGCAUUUUCUUCUCUAACUUUCAUAACUAUAUAUCAUUUAUAUAUUCAUGAAAGCGCUGAAAGCGUUGAAAGGCUGUAGGGGCGACAAGAGUGAUUUUACUUUUUGUAACAAAUCUGUUCACAGGCACUAAAAAUCGAAUCCAAAUUUGUUUUUGGAUACCCUCAAACUGUAACUGAUAAGCACUUUCCAUAAGAAUUGGCAAAUGUACAGUGAAAUAUCGAAAUGUUUAUAUAGCAUUACAGUAUACAGGUCUUAUUGUAGGCUAUUUAGUCAAACUCGUUCGCAUUCGCAGGCUUAGAUUUUUUAUAUUGGUGCGUGUUUUUUUUAAUUUGAACAAAAUGUACGAAGAAAUGGUAAAUCAUCAUCAAAUAGUCAUAUUAUAUAUAUUG